AUGUCUGCCGAUAUCACAGACUUCCUACCAACCGCCAGCUGUACGACGAAAAACCCGCGUUUCUUUUUUUUCAAUGGAAAUGAAGCCGAAUCCCGCAAACAUGCCAUGCGAGAACACUGGAGGAAACGAAAGGAACGGAAGAUGGCUGCUAGGGAACAUGACAAACCAUUUCGAUCACUCCGCUUUGUCCCCAAAAAGGACCAUAUGGUCUGCAGAAUGGAAGCUCAAAGCCAUUCCGAUGAUCCAAUACUGAGUCAAGACCAUCCAUACAUUCGAGAAGCCCAUCGACCUCUACCCAUGGGUAUCCGUCAAACAUGCAGCCCAAUCCAUAGGAAGACACGUCCCUGCAACGCAUCACAGUCCCUGAAGGGCGUCGUCCAAGAAAGCGUUAACUCAGGGCCCCGCAUACAUGGGGCGUCUAUACGUGACACCAAGGGACUGAACCAUUUUCAACGCAAAAACACAGAGCUCUAUGGCGCCAAUGAUGAGUCUUGUGUUGUUGCUAGCAAAUUGUAA